UCAGACACGCACGCUCACAUAAUCUCUCACUCUUUCUCUCUCUCUCACACACACACACACGCACUGCCUCUCUCCGAAACCCUUCCCCGAACGAGUGCAAUUUCGGACAAUGGCGCAAGUUAGCCCUCAGCUCCCCGUCGACGCCGACGGCGUCUGUAUGGUGUGCAAGGUCAAUCCGCCGGAGGAGGCGACCCUCACCUGCGUAUCGUGCGCCACACCGUGGCACGUCGGCUGCCUCGCUGUCAUCCCCGAUUCCAUGGCUUCCGCCUUGAAAUUCGAGUGCCCCGACUGCUCCGGCGACGGGAUCGACGGAGGCGCGGCGCCGACGGAUCCGGCCAGGAGAGAUCUCUUCGCGAGGAUCCGGGAGAUCGAGGCGGAUGGUUCGCUGUCGGACAAGGAAAAGGCGAUGAAAAGGCAACAGCUUUUGAGCGGAAAGGUUGAAAGUGAUGAAGAUGGAAAAGGAAAGGGAGUUGCAGGCAAGGAGAAAGACGAAUCGAACGAUAUAUUGAGCGUGCUUGGUUCGACUUUUAAAUGUUCCUAUUGCAUGGAGCUUCCGGAAAGGCCCGUUACGACACCAUGUGGGCACAACUUUUGCUUGAAAUGCUUCGAGAAGUGGAUCAAGCAAGGAAAGCGCACAUGUAUAAAGUGCCGUGGCGGCAUUCCCCACAGAAUGGCAGCUCAGCCGCGCAUCAACUCCACCCUCGUAGCUGCUAUACGUAUGGCGAGGUUGUCAAGAUCAAUAAUUUCUGGUGGGCCCCCAGCUGUUUAUCGCUUCUUGCAUAAUCAAGACCGUCCAGAUAAGGCGUUUAUUUCUGAAAGGGCACAGAAAGCUGGAAUGGCAAAUGCGUCCAGUGGGAGAGUUUUCGUCACUGCCCCUAGGGACCACUUUGGACCAAUCGCAGCUGAGAAUGAUCCGGAAAGGAAUCAGGGAGUUUUGGUUGGAGAGAGUUGGGAAAACCGUAUGGAAGUUAGACAGUGGGGUGUGCACUACCCACCUCUAUCUGGAAUUCAAGGGAAGGCGCAUUACGGUUCUGUGUCUGUAGUGAUUUCAGGAGGUUACGAGGAUGACGAAGACCAUGGCGAAUGGUUUAUCUACACUGGAUGUGGUGGAAGAGAUUUAAGCGGAAAUAAACGCACCUCCAAGGAACAGUCAUUUGAUCAGAAGUUUAAGGAUCAAAAUCAGGCUUUGCGAGUCAGCUGCUACAAAGGCUACCCAGUUCGUGUUGUCAGAUCAGAGAAAGACAGGCGUUCUCCAUAUGCCCCGGAGAAGGGGUACAGGUACGAUGGGGUAUACAGAGUCGAGCAGUGUUGGAUAAAAGACGGUAUACAGGGGUUCAAGGUCUGUAGGUUUUUGUUCGUACGAUGUGACAACGACCCUGCACCCUGGACAAGCGACGAGCAUGGUGAUCGUCCAAGACCUUUGCCGGUCGUUCGCGAGCUUAAAAAUGCAAUUGAAUUUUCUGAAAGGACGGAAAGUCCGUCGUGGGAUUACGAUGAGGCCGAAUGUUGCUGGAUAUGGAAAAAGCCGCCACCUGCUAGUGAAGAGGAUGUAGUUUAUGUUAAUCCGGAAGACCGGGCGGAAGCAAAGAAGAGGAUACGGAAAGCGCAAUCCAUUUCAGUGAGAGAGAAACUGCUACAAGCGUUCUGCUGCCUCAUUUGUAAGAAAGUAAUGAGUCUGCCCAUCACAACACCCUGCGGCCAUAACUUUUGCAAGCCAUGUCUGGAAAACGCGUUUGACGGUCAAACGUUUCUGAAAGAGAGGGUGUGCUGGAACGGAAGAAAACUUCGUUCGCAGAAGAAUGUACUGAAAUGCCCUUCUUGCCCAACGGAUUUAUCAGAGUUCCUCCAAAAUCUCCAGGUGAACCAUGAACUGAUGGAGGUGAUAGAGAAGCUACAAGCGGGACUCGCAGAGGAAAAAAAGGAACGUGAUGAGGAAGGCAGUUCCAGCAAGGAGAACGACGAUUCUCUGCCAGGUGGCGAUGCAGCCGACUUAUCAAACGAAGAAGCAGAAGCUGAAAAUGAAAGUACUUUGAAGAGAAAAAGUUGCUCACCUAGCCUCUCCGACGAGCAGGAGAAUAUCGAGAUUUCUAAGAAGCGAAAAGUCGAGCCAAUAUGUGAAGAAAAUACCAAGUGUUAGGUGCUUAUAUAAAUAUAAGUAUGCCUGCAACUAUUUUACAGAUUUUCUUUUUUUUUGGCUCUUUUAUUUAGCUUUUAAAGAUGACAAUGUUCAUGUAUACAUACAUACAUGUAGAACUACAGUGUUGAAUUAUAUGCACUUCAAAGUUUAAAGACAGUAUUUUUGACAUUA